GUUGUGGAACUUUUGAACCAAGCAGCUCUGAUGACACGAGAUGUUGACAAAAUUAAAUAUUUAAGACAGGUUCAAGAGUUGAUAAUUCAUAAAGAUCCUACACUGUUAGAUAACUUUCUCGAUGAAAUGUUGGCCUUUAUCAGUGAUAGAUCAGUAGAUGUUAAAAAACUUCUGAUUGGCUUUCUAGAAGAAGCUUGUAAGAAAGAUAAAGAAAUCUUACCGAAAGCUCUACCAGGAGUAACUAUAUUAUUAGCUGAUGAUAACGCUAAUGUUAAAAAGAAAGUUAUCUUGUCUUUAACUAGUAUAUUUAAAUACAGCUUACAGUGGAUAGCUAAAGCGAAGACUCCUAGUUCAGAAAUGACGUCUGUUUGGGAGAAUAUGAUGAAAACUAAAAAACAAGUUUUAGAAUUGUUGGAGUCUGAAAAUGAUGGUAUACGUACCCAUGUUGUUAAGUUUCUAGAAGGAGUGGUUUUAGUUUUAUCAAAAAGAUCAACAGACUCGAUGAUACCGAAGAAUAUGGAAGGGGACAUAACUCUAGAUCAGAUACCAGAAUCGAACACGUAUUUGAAGGUUAAUAAGUUAGAGGAGGAUGGAAAGAAAUCGUUUAUUUUGUUGUUACAAUUUCAAGCUUCACCACAUAUAUCCAGUAUUAACCUGAUGACUGUUAUGGGAGCAUUAACUAAUAUAGCUAAACAAAGACCUAUAUUCUUAGAUCAAGUUGUACAGGGUUUAGAGGCUUUACAUGUAAAUUUACCGCCAACGCUGGCUAAAUCUCAAGUUAGUAGUGUUCGUAAAAAUUUAAAGAUGCAGAUGUUAGCUCUAUUAAAACAUCCUGCGUCUGUUGAUCAUCUAACACAGAUUACUACAUUGUUAACAGAUCUUGGUGCUAGUCAGUCAGAGAUAAACAAAAAUAUGCCAAAAAUGGAUGAAAAUCGAAAAAGAAAACUGGAACAAACGUCAACAUCAACUAGUAAAAAAGCUAAAGUAGAGAUUGAUUUAGACGAUGAUGAAGUCCAGAUGACCCCAUUCGUACCCCAGGGUAUAAAACGUGCCCCGUCUGUCUCCCAGCGACAAACUGCUAUAGAUAUUACAGCAGAAGACAUUCUACCUAAACUUAACUCCCAGAAUGUUGCUGAUCUUGUAUUACUUAGUAUGGUAAUGUUACCAGAUACAAUGCCAGCCCAGUUUGAAUCAACCUAUACACCAAUAGCAGCCGCUGGUACAGAGGCUCAGAUAGCUCAUUUAGCUCGAUUGUUAGCUACUCAGUUAACUAUGGCUGGGUUUGGUCGAGGUCUGGGAGAACUUCAACGUAAAUUUUUAGAGGAAGGAGUAAAAGAUGAUGGUAGUACUACCCCAGCCUCUCCUAUGGAUGCUAGUUACCCAUCACCUAAACAACUUAUACAAACUCUAGUUGGUGGGACAACUAAUCUAGAAGACAGUGGUACUGACAAUAAACCUAGUAGUAGUAGUAGUACAGGUGUACCAGGAUCCUUUCUACAACCCUCUAUGCCUGCUGCCCCUCGUAAAUUACGUCAGUUUAAACUAUCAACUAUAACUAAUCCAUUAGAUGCUGGUAAAAUAGAUGAGAUGACUAUAGCUACUAUGAAACGUGUACUGACAGCUGAAACUAUUGCUCAGAAUAAUAACAUUACUUCAGUCAGAGUUAAAAUUCUCGCUACAUUAACAGCUCAGUUUGGUGGUGGACUCAAGGACAUGUUACAGACGUUUAUUUUUGAAGAUUUAAAGACACGUAGUGAUAUAGCGUUUGCCUGGUUAUAUCAGGAAUAUGCUAAUUGUCAGGGCUUUAUCAGCGUGGCUGAUCCACAGACAGAUAAAAAUAGCCUGGCUAGUUAUGAUGAGUGUUUAACUAGAUUGUUAAGUAUGUUAUUAGAUAGGCCAGACCAACGAGAUGGUUUAUUUAGUCGAUUGAUAUUAGAGGCACCAGUAGUAACUGAUAAUGCUGUUGAAAUGUUACGUAGAUACAGUGCCAAUGAGUCACAGACACAGAAUGGGAUGGAAACAUUAAGAAAGUUAAUAUUGAUGAGACCUAAUAGAAGAUUACAUUUUCUAGAUGUUUUACUAGAGUUUACAGGUCACGAUCAACCAGAGGUUAGAAAUAAAGCUAUAGAAAUAACUAAAACAUUACUAGAAAAAUAUCAACUUAAUUCUCCUAUAGAGACGUAUGCCCUCAAUAAUCUGAAGAAACUUCUUCUACCAAAACCUUUACCAGAAUUCUUUACUGGAGCUAAAGCAAAAGAUGUCCAAGAAGAAUGGACAGAAGAGUGUAUUAAAAUGCAUCUUUAUUUAUAUCUUGGUUUAUUACCAACUAAUCAUUCUCUUAUACACGAGUUAUCUAAUGUUUAUACAGCUACGUCAGCUGAUGUUAAAAGAGCUAUAUUACGUAUGUUAGAAAGUCCAGUAAAAGGUAUGGGUAUGGACUCACCUGAAUUAUUAACAAUGGUAGAAAACUGUCCGAAAGGUGCUGAAACAUUAGUGAUGAGAGUUAUACAUAUUCUAACAGAUAAAUCUGCCCCGUCACCAGAACUAGUCGAGAAGAUUCGAGAUUUAUACCAUAAACGUGUACCUGAUGUUAGAUUUUUAAUACCUGUUCUAACAGGUCUUACUAAGAAAGAAGUAACUGGAGCUUUACCCAAGUUAAUCAAACUAAACCCUGUUGUUGUUAAAGAAGUUUUCCAUAGAUUGAUGGGGGGACAUGGUGAAUCGUCUGUAGCCUAUACAUCUCCUCUAACACCAGCUGAACUAUUAGUAGCUCUACAUAAUAUAGAUCCUUCCAAAUGUGACAUGAAAACAGUUAUUAAAGCUGCCAACCUGUGUUUCAGUGAGAAGACUAUAUAUACAACUGAAGUAUUAGCUAUAGCCAUGCAACAGUUGAUGGAGAUAAACCCACUGCCUACCUUGUUAAUGAGAACUGUUUUACAGUCGUUAUCAAUGUAUCCUAGAUUAAUCGGCUUCGUUUUAAAUAUUUUACAUCGUCUAAUUACUAAACAGGUUUGGAAACAACAGAAGGUCUGGGAAGGAUUUAUAAAAUGUUGUCAGAAAACUAAACCUCAAUCAUUCCAAGUGUUAUUACAACUACCACCCCAGCAGUUACAGGGUGUGUUCGAGAUAGCUCCCGAUUUGCGUUCACCGCUUUACACUCAUGUUCAAUCCCUUACUCCCCAUCAGCAAGCUCAUAUAUCAAAAGCAGUGUUAUCAACUUUAGAAAAUGACCCAUAUGCUGAACAACGUGUCAAAGAUGAAGAAAAACAGAGACAGGACAAAGAAAAUGCUGAAAAAUUACAGAUUGAGAAGGAAUUGGCAAAUAGAGAAAAAGCAGAACGUAUGAGAUUAGAGAAAGAAAAAGCUGAUAAAGAAAAGGCUGAAAAAGUUAAAAAAGAACGAGAGAAGGCUGAAAACGAGAGGAAAGAAAGGGAACGAAAGAUGGCAGACGACAUCCGAAAGAAACAAGAAGAAAGAGAAGCAGCAGAUAGAGCGAGACGAGAUGCCAAGAGACGG